CCCCGUUCCCCUUUGUCAUGUUAGAUUCUCUUACUCACUGGAAAACUCAGCUCAAUCCCUUUCACGUUUUCGAUUCCCAGCCAUCUCCAAGGCCGACGGGGAGGCGCAUUCUCUCUCAGCCUGGGCGGCCCAUUCUCAAGCAUACUUCGUCGUAUACGAGAUCCAUCAGCGCAUCGGACCGUGCUGUUGUUACAAGCUACGUGUCUCCCAGAGGAUCUAGGCCGUGGAGUCCGUUUCAACGAAGCGCUGGACGAGCCGGAAGUCCUGAGUCCAGGACUCCCUCUCCUUCUCCAAGUCGGAUAUCACGUACUGUCAGAAUAGAUGAAUCAACGCUGGUGCGUGUACGACCCCAAACCCUGCCGCCGCCGAGGUGUCCCGGGAUUUCCCUGCCUCCGGUGGUCAAGUCGGAUCUGACAUGUGCAGACGCAGUCCGCACGCGGUUCAUGCUGAGGAAGAUUCUCCCGAGUCGUAUCGUGGACAGGAUCCUCAAAUAUGCCGAGUGCUUCCCCACCAUCACCCAAACUAGCGGCAAGAGAGUCGUCGUUGACGAUGACAUCCUUGUUCUUUCUAUUCCCCUCAGCCAGGCACAGUGCGACAGGAUCAUGCACGUGUCUCUUCUCAUUCGCGGCCACGACCAGGGGUGGCUCCCGGUACUUGAGGGCGGCCCGUCCAAGAAUUCCUGGACGUGGUACACCAUGUGCACAGAGGAGAAGCUCGACCCUGAUCGCCGACUUGUGAAGAACCGCCCUGGUGAUCCAGAUACACAGACAUACAGAUACGAGUGGAGUGUCACUUCGGACGAGGUGUGUAAGAUUAAGGAGGGCAGGAAGAUCGAGAUUUGGGCACAUGCGAGAUACUUCGGGUGGAAGAAUGUCGUCGAGGAGGCCAAGAUCACCAUCCGCUUUCAACCUUUGUUAACAUCUGAUCUUGCGAGAUAGUCCACGCCUAAUCAUGCUCGCGUUGGUUUCACUAUAUCACUAGGUAGCCGUCGUCGUGACAGGUGACGACGGCUGCGCACGAUCUUGAUUUGAAAUAUGUACUCAUUCAUUAUAUGGACGAGUUGUCACCAUGGAAUCACGGUACAACUCACUUUUCUUGUGUUUUACUCUAUGUUGACAUAUACAAUACAUCUACCUUACUCGCUUU